AUGGCUACUCAUCGAUUUGACCCCAACUUCACCGACAAUGUCAUCAACGCGAUGGGUCCCAAGACCAACCCGCGCUUCCGGAAGGUCAUGGCCAGCCUAAUCCGCCAUGUGCAUGACUUUGCGCGCGAGAACGAACUCACCGUCGACGAGUGGAUGGCCGGCGUCAAGCUGCUUAACUGGGCCGGCCAGAUGAGCGAUGACAAGCGCAACGAAGGCCAGCUCGUCUGCGACGUGAUCGGGCUCGAGUCGCUCGUCGACGAAAUCACCUUCAAGCUCGCUGAAGAGGCCGCCGACGCACCCACCGCAACCGCCAUCCUAGGCCCCUUCUUCCGCGCUGACACCCCCUACCGCAACAACGGCGACAAUAUCGUCAAGGACGUGCCGGACGGUGAGAUGGUGUUCAUGCACGGCCGGGUGAUCGAUUUCCAGACCAAGAAGCCGCUCGUUGGCGCGACGGUGGAGGUGUGGCAGGCGUCCACGAACGGGCUGUAUGAGCAGCAGGAUCCCAACCAGGAGGAGUUUAACCUGCGUGGGAAGUUCACGACGGAUGCUGACGGGCGGUACUACUUUUACUGCCUGCGUCCGACGCCGUAUCCUGUUCCGAAUGACGGUCCAGCCGGGAAGUUACUCGAGCUCAUGGACCGACACCCCUUCCGCCCUGCCCAUAUCCACAUCAUCGCUACGCACGAAGGCUACAAGCCCCUCACCACGCAGAUCUUCGACCGCCAGGACAAGUACCUAACCAACGACUCAGUAUUUGCCGUCAAGGACUCGCUGAUCGUGGACUUUGUGCCGCGCAAGGAUGACCCUCAAGCUGGACUUGAGCUUGAAUACGAUGUCAAGCUGGUGGCGACCCAGGCGUAG